UUGUUCCCUCCCCCUCACUGAUCUGCAAGUGUGCAGAUGGGUGUGAUCGACACAUGGUCAGUGAGUGAAGAUUAGCACACGAGCAGAGUUUUGUAUCAGAGCACACUUUUGUUCCCGCUCAGAGUGAGUGAAACUACACCAGGAGACAUUGAGCUGUUCAGUCUGUCUGAAGGUAGUGAUGGAUCCGGUGGCUUCUCCCUGUGGACACAGCUACUGCACGAACUGUGUUAAAAGCUUCUGGGAUGAAGAAAACACGAAGGAUAACAACAGCUGCCCUCAGUGUAGGCAGACCUUCACACCGAGGCCUGUCCUGGGGACAGUCCCAGCUGCAGCAGAAAGGACUGAGAGGCAGAGAGAGCUGGAGCUGAGUCGACUAAAAAUCCAGCAGAGAAUCCAGGACAGAGAGAAAGAUGUGAAGGAGCUUCAACAGGAGGUGGAGGCUAUCAAUCGCUCUGCUGAUAAAACAGUGGAGGACAGUGAGAAGAUGUUCACUGAGCUGAUCCGUCUGAUGGAGAAAAGAAGGUCUGAUGUGAAGCAGCAGAUCAGAUCCCAGCAGAAAACUGAAGUGAGUCGAGUCAAAGAGCUUCAGGAGAAGCUGCAGCAGGAGAUCACUGAGCUGAAGAGGAAAGAUGCUGAGCUGAAGCAGCUCUCACACACAGAGGAUCACAACCAGUUUCUACACAACUACCCCUCACUGUCACAACUCAGUGAAUCUACAGACUCAUCCAGCAUCAAGAUCCGACCUCUGACGUACUUUGAGGAUGUGACAGCAGCUGUGUCAGAGCUCAGAGAUAAACUACAGGACAUUCUGACAGAGAAAUGGACAAACAUCUCACUGACACUGACUGAAGAGGAUGUUUUACUGCCACAACCAGAGCCCAAGACCAGAGCUGAGUUCUUAAGAUAUUCACAGGAAAUCACACUGGAUCCAAACACAGUAAACACCCAGCUGUCUUUAUCUGACGGGAACAGAAGAGCAACAUUAAUGAGAGAAGAGCAGGUUUAUUCUAGUCACCCAGACAGAUUCAUCAGAUGGCGUCAGGUCCUGAGCAGCAAAAAUCUGACUGGACGUUGUUACUGGGAGGUGCAGUGGAGCAGGAAGAGAGUUACAGUAGCAGUCGCAUACAAGAACAUCAGCAGAGCAGGGUCCAUGACUGAGUGCGCGUUUGGAUUCAACAAUAAAUCUUGGGCGUUAGAGUGUAACAGCAGCAGUAGUUAUAAAUUCAUUCAUAACAGCAUCAAAACUCCAGUGUCAGGCCCCUGGACCUCCAGAGUAGGAGUGUACCUGGAUCACAGAGCAGGUAUUCUGUCCUUCUACAGCGUCUCUGAAACCAUGAAUCUCCUCCACAGAGUCCAGACCACAUUCACUCAGCCUCUCUAUGCUGGACUGUGGUUUAGUGGAUAUAACGGAGCCACUGCUGAGUUCUGUGAACUGAAGUAGACAGAAGAUAAGGAGGGAAACUGGGAAUUUGUUUUUGCAUGUGGAAACCCACAAAUUAAAGUGUCUAAAUAUGGACUGCAUUAUUGUGCCAUAUCCUUUCUCAUAUAUAUAUUUGUUCACAUGAAAUCAUCAAACCUGUAAUAUUAUGAUCAGAAUGACCAUUUAUCUUCCUGCACAGUGUUUAAAUAUUGGUUUUGUAGCUGCUGAACAAACUUUGGAGCUGACUUUUAAAGUAUAAAUAAACACAGAUGAAAACAC